AUGGCAGCACUGUCCAUUUACUGCGACCGCGUUAUUCAAUUGUUUCAGCAUAUUUUUGAUCAAACAAGUGGACAUCUUAAAUUCUGCAAUUUAAUUCUUAUUACAAACUGUGACAGAAGUGUUUUAAUCAUUAACUUCAUACCACUUAACAACCAAACAUGUCGACCAUUUCAAAAUACUUUAAAGUUUCAAAAAAAUCGCGCUCUUCACAACCCUGUUCAUCAUUUGGAUCAGAAAAGGUCCGCAGGUGGAUUGAACGAAUGCAUUCCUAUGGCAGUAGUAAUCAACACACAAGUGAAUCGAAUAUUACUGAACAGAAUGACGAUGCAGGUGAAUUAGACUGGGAUGAUGUUGGCAGUAUAAUUUCUACAUCUCGCAAUUCCAAAUCACAAAUACAACGUGACACAUCCAAAAUCACUACCAGGAAAAGAAAACACAACGUCUUACAACCAGUGAAUGAUUUCGUGCGUCCCCUGUCGCCACCCAUCACUCCAAAAACACCCAAAAAAUUCACACCGUUGGUUUUGAUUGACAACCGAAAGCCGUCUCAAUCAGAUUGUUCCCAAGACAUUUUCAAUUCUUCAAUUCCUCUUCCAGACUUGAACUCGUCUUUUACCAGCGUUGCUAGUUAUCAAAAUACACCUCUUGCAAAUGUGGAAACUUGCUUCCAAAACAUAAGUUCUUAUCUAAACGAGAUCAGUAGUUAUUGUCCUUCGGAAGCAUCUCAGCCUUGCAAGACAGUAGACCAAGAAAUUCAAACUGACUUCAACUCUUCCGCCGAAGUUAAUAACUCUCACUCAAACUGUCAACCUGUAUAUUCAAACUCUUUACUACCAAAACGUUCCUUCAACGAAAACUCAGUUGAUCCCUUACUUGCCUUCACCGAUCAUCACUUGUUUAUCACUUUAGUACACGAUGAACACGUGCUGUUUGCAACCGAUGACGAUAUUGACAAAUACAUCGACAGCCAAAUGAUUGAAUCACGGAAAGACUUCUCGGUUGAAGUCGUCGCACUACUGGACUACACAAUUGCGCCACAUCAACCAUCAAGCGUGCGGAUGCUACAAAAAGGUUUGAAUCGAAUCAUUAGUAAAGAAAACUUCAAAAGUCACACACAGUAUAAACGAGCAUCGUUGUUGAACACCAGCGAUAAGAUAAAGAUUCAAAUCCGCGCGUUAUUCGCUAAAUUAAAUGAUGAUAUUCAAAACAAGCGCAGGGUGCAAAUCAAAGUCCCGAGAACUACCGCGACAAAUACAGUUUAUGAAGAUGGUAUUCUUCAGUUAGCAAGAGGAGAAAGAAAACAAUUUUCUGUCCUCAAAGGGCGGACGAAUAUUGUUUUGUACUUACUCCGGAAAAUAUACGGUCUGUUGAUGUUAAACACGCAAAUUACACAAAGAUCUAUUUACUAUCAGUUAAAAUCACUGCUGCCACAUGGAAAACUGUCGCAGCAACAAGUCUCUGACGGUUUGAAUAUUGCCAGCAGCAUGCUGGGAACGUCGUAUUCGUUUAUGAACGUGUUAUCGACAAGCAAAGGCUUGGUUUACGGUGAUGUGACGCUUACGUUUGGAUCGACUGCGAUCAAGUGCAAUGCACAGAAUGGUACGCUUGUACCUAUGGAUUUAAAUGACUUGCGAAAGGUUGAAACCACUGCUUAUUUCAUUCUGAUCGUGGAGAAAGAUACCGUGUUCCAGAAGUUGUUGGUUGAUGAUCUGCCGAAUAAAUUAUCAAGGAAUUUCAUACUCGUUACAGGAAAAGGAUAUCCUGAUAUCAACACCAGGCGACUUUUGCAUAUUCUUUGGAAGUUGUUGGGUAUUCCAAUGUUUAUGGUGGUAGAUGCAGAUGCUUACGGCAUUGAUAUUUUCCUCACUUAUAAAUUUGGUAGUUUGAGUCAUUGUCAUAUGAAUCGUGAGCUAGCAUUACCAAAGCUUAAAUGGUUGGGUGUCUUGCCUUCUGAAUUAAAAGACUACGCGGCGAAGACACUGCCUUUGAAACGUGGAGACUUGAAAAAGUUGAAAUCAAUGUUGACGAGACCAUAUUUCAAAAGCGGGUAUAACGUGGCAAUUUGCGACGAAAUUAAUGCUUUGAUUCAAAACAAGAAAAUGUGCGAGAUUGAGGGCUUGUUUGAAAGUAACAAGUUCUUCGUUGAAUAUUAUCUACCGAUUAAAUUGUAUAAGCGUUCUUUUGUUUAAAACAAAAGCAAAAAUUUAAGUUCCCAGAAGAAAUAUUUAAUUUGAUGUUUUUAAAACGUAUUUUGAGAAUUCUAGUUUGUUUUAUAUUUUAUUAAUAUUAUAUUUUCAAAUAAACUUCACUCAAAUUUGAAGUAAACUAUAAUAACA